CGUGGAGCUUCGUAUGCCUCGCCUCGAUCACCGCAGAAUUCUGGAUCGAAGAUACCUCGUCGGACUGGCAGUCCUCUCGGACAUACUCGUAACGGAGGUGGCAGUAUGGGGGCCAAUACAGAAAGUCCGGCUGCAAAAGAGGCGAAGAGGUGGGCUGCACUGAAGCGGAAGGAGGAGAGAGAAGCAGACGAAAGCAUUCGACGCUUAGAUGCGCAAUUAAAAGCUAUGAUUCGGGAAGGGAAGGAAGCGCUGGGAACAAAAAUCGAAGUGGAGCUUGAUGAGGAAGAG